AGAGUAGCGUCAUCAACAAAAUUACCAGCAACAAGAACACUAAUCAUCCUGAUAUAAUACUAUAAUGCAGAAAUCUGGAGAACCAGAAACAGAACCAGGGCCCGAAUUGUUUAUCAUAGUCCGUCCGGAUUGCCGUUAAUGGCCACAGAAGCUUUGCUUUUCCCGAGGCGAUGACGUGGGAAGGGCUCUACUCUUUCUUGCAAGUUGCAACGCCGCGUCGCAGAUGGAGACGGAAGGCGGCGCGCUGGCUGGCGUCGGCGCCCCUCCGGAGACCAUCGUCAUCAUCCAUCCAUGAGCCGAGGAAAUAAAUUAUAAGAAGAGGGUAGAUAGAUUCCAUCCUCGUUUGCUCCAGCUCUGAGCAAAUAGAAGAGACAAUGGUAGCGUAGGCAGGCACCAACCUGGAACCACCUCGGGAGAGAUCAAGAAGCCCCUGGAAGGAAGACGGAAGCUUUUGGCCUUUCUCUUCGGUUUCAGAGCAUUAUUUGUCCGUUGCCGACCGGACAAGGAGGAGGAGUGGGGAUCGUGGGGAGCUUCUUCUCCGAUAAAAAGCGCCAUUUUGGCAGGAAUCUGGUGAGGAAGCGGCGGGGCUGGUGCCAUUUGUUCGGCGGCCAUGGAGGCGGAAGAGCUGCUGAAGAAGAUACGGGUGCUGGAGGAGGGCCAGGCGGAGCUCAAGAGGGAGAUUGGGAAGCUCAUCCCGGAGCGGCGCGGCGGCGGCGGUGGUGCUGGGCAGUCCUCCGCCGCUGCCGCGGCGGCGUCCCCUUCCACGCGCCGCCCCUUCCAACAGCAACAGCAGCAGCAGCAGCAGCAGGCCCCGUCGCCGCGGCUGCGCGCGCUCGCCUUGCUCCCGCAUGCGGCGGCGUCGGCGCGGCACCACCACCACCGCGCCGGGCUGUCAGACAGGCACUGCCACAGGAUACUGCAGUCGCUGGGGCAGGCCGUGCACGUCAUCUCCCUCGAAGGGAAGGUCCUCUACUGGAACCGGUUUGCCGAGCAUCUGUAUGGCUAUUCUGCAUCAGAAGCAAUUGGCCAGGAUCUCCUUGAAUUAAUAUGUGAUCCUGAUGACUUUGGUCCAGCAAACGACAUUAUCAGGAGUAUAUUUAUGGGGAAGUGUUGGAGAGGGAAAUUUCCUGUUAACCACAAGUCAGGAGAGCGGUUUUCUGUUGUUGCCAAUAACACUCCUUUAUAUGAUGAAGAUGGUAGCUUGGUGGGCCUCACCUGUCUGUCAGGUGAUGCACGGAUAUUGGAGGAAAUGGUUUGUUCUUCGGCCUCAGCGAAAUUCUAUCUGAAUUCAGCGAAGCCCCAUUUACAAGUUAUCAGCAGGCCUAAAAGUGGCUUGCCAAACAAAGGUUCUUCUGACUCCCAGCAACCUCUCCAAUCUGCCAUCACUUCCAAGAUAACAACUUUGUGUAUUCUUUUCUUGAUUUUUAGAAUCACAACACAGGCUACCAAGGUUACAAGUAGAGUUCGUUCUCGGAUCAAGACAGGCCAGAACUGUGAUGAACAAUAUGAUAGCGGCUGCGAGGGACAGUAUUCUGGACAUUAUGCCAGGGAGGAGCUGACAUCAAGUGAAGCAAGCACCCCAGGUGCCUUUGUUGCUGAAGAGAAUUUCCCUGGGAAGUCGAAAACAAUAAAUAGCGAUGAUUCAGGAGAGGGAAAAGGAGGGCUUCACAAGCUUUUUAGUUCAAAGGCAGAGGCAUUAUUCAGCAAGAAGGGAAUAUCAUGGCCUUGGAAAGGAAAUGAAAAUGAUGGGGGUUACAGAAAUAAUAAUGUGACCUCACCAAAAUUGCAUGCUAAGCAAGAGAAUGUCCAGAGUCGUCAGGGAGUUCCAAUUCCAGAGCCUAUCGUAAUUCCAGACUGCCAAGACACUGAAUAUGUCCGAGCAGGCAAACAUGAGGUCUCGGGUUCCUGGUGGACUUUCAAUAAUAACAGCACAAGUAGUACUAUGAGCAGCACUGUAAGUAGUACCAGCAGUCCUAUCGAGCGAGCAGAUUAUGAAGCAGACUGCCUAGAUUAUGAUAUCUUGUGGGAAGACCUAGCUCUUGGAGAACAAGUAGGUCAUGGUUCUUGUGGAACAGUAUAUCAUGCUUUGUGGUAUGGCUCGGAUGUGGCAGUCAAAGUAUUCUCCAAGCAGGAUUACUCAGAAGAAAUGAUACAGACCUUUAGACAAGAGGUGUCACUGAUGAAAAAAUUACGCCACCCCAAUAUAAUACUCUUCAUGGGUGCUGUUGCGUCUCAGCAACGACUUUGUAUUGUUACAGAAUAUCUUCCACGAGGGAGCUUAUUUUCCUUGCUUCGAAGGACCACUGGCAAGCUGGAUCCAAGACGGCGAAUUCACAUGGCUAUAGACAUUGCAAGGGGCAUGAAUUAUCUUCACAAUUGCAGCCCAACUAUUGUUCAUCGUGAUCUAAAAUCAUCAAACCUGUUGGUUGAUAAGAACUGGAAUGUAAAGGUUGCGGACUUUGGUCUUUCACGCCUAAAAGUCGAAACAUUUCUGUCAACAAAAACUGGGAAAGGAACACCACAGUGGAUGGCCCCAGAGGUGUUACGUAAUGAACCUUCAAAUGAAAAGUCUGACGUGUACAGCUUCGGAGUGGUCCUGUGGGAGCUCGUUACUGAGAAGAUACCUUGGGAUAAUCUCAAUAUAAUGCAGGUUAUUGGAGCGGUGGGAUUCAUGGACCAGAGACUGGAAAUUCCCAGCGGCAUGGAUCCUCAAUGGGCUUCGAUGAUCGAGAGUUGUUGGGACAGUGAUCCACAACGCCGCCCUUCGUUCCAAGAACUCCUGGAGAGGCUCCGGGGGAUGCAAAAGCAGUACGCCCUGCAGCGGAAAAUGGCUGGAAAAGGCGCUGAGAAGGUGAUCGAUGAAGAUUGCUAGCUAGCUCCAGGCCCCAAUUGGGAUGGACAUUGUAGUCGCCAUUGCGAGCACAGAUAGCCAGGGUCCAAGUCUUGGAUUUUCGAUGUGUCCUCCAUGGUUACCUCCGGGAGGAACUAUAGCCAGAGGAGUGCCGUGGUGAUUCAUCCUCGGUUUCUCGAAUCGCAAACCUGAAGCUUGGAAAUGCAGUUUGUCUUCAGACAAGAAGACUGGAGGACAGUCGAGGCGUUAGUUGAUCAGUUGGUCUCUGACUAGUGGCAGAUUGUGUUGUAUAUGGAAAGUUGCAUACAUUUAAAGUUAGCUAGGGAAACUAAAUUGCAAGAUUACAGAAUACACCAGAUUGAAAAUCAAAUCAAAGGCUCCCGGAAUCAUUUUGGGCAGGCAAUUCCUCUGUAAAUGUGAUCCAUCCAAGGCUAUCGACACAAAAGCACUCUAUACACAGGUGCCAGCAAACUUUGGAGAUUAAAUCAAGUACAGAAAGAAAGGUUCAGCACAAUUGUUUUGGCACUCGAACUCAUGAAUUUGAGAUUUGAUA